AAAAAAUACAGUGCGGAACACUACCGUGCCACCAAUCAUUUGUUUUGUUAUUUUCUGACAAAUUUCAUUGAUCUCGCAACUCACCACAGGGGCACACGCAUUUCAAUGCUUUAAAAAUUUAAAAAUCCCGAUUUAAUUCGCAUUGUUUUCUUCUUUUAUGAAUCCUUCUUCCGUCGCGAGGAGGAUCAACCCCUGUGCCUUGACAUUUUACCCAGUGCAUCACGCGACUGUCUCUGAAAUAAAAACCACUGCGUGAAUUUCACUUUUAUCCAUUUUUAUUUUAUUUCAUUCUAUCAGUGCGAAUAUUCUUGAAAAACGAUCUCGUGGUAUACUUCAUUGAGUGCUUCAAAAUACAUGCGAUACAACAUGCAAGCAAUCGUUUGAAACUCGGUGUGCGCGCGCGCGUGUGUGUGAAAGGACAAAGAUCAACGUAGUGGCUGGGUGUGUAGUGGUGUGCUGAAGAUGGAGGAUUGGCGGCGGAGUUGGCAGUGGCGCUCGGAGUUGGGGAUGGUGGUGACGGGGCUGCUGUGGCUGAGCGCGGUGUUCCCGUUGGACGCCCAGUUGUUCCCGGUAGCGCCGGGGAGGGACAGCCGACAGCUCGGCGUGGGGAGGUCGGCCGAGUUCAAGGGCUUCAGCGGCUACCGACGCCGCAACGACACCUCCCGGCUCAUCUACAUCUACGACCAGACGAUCGCCGUUAUCGAAGUCGUCGAGCGGAGGGUCCUCGUCAACUGCGAGCUCAUCGAGAUCUAUAGACAGGGAGAAGAAAAAUUAGCACUGGAUAUGCUGAAAUCAGUGGGGAAGGCCCAUAGGAUAGACUUCAAAAAAAUGAUGAAACUGAUGCGCCAAUGUCAUGAAUUGGACGUUGAUGUCAAGGAUUUAAUUAAACCCAGCAACAAGGCUCCGAGAGUUAGUGAUACACGGACGACAGUAUCAUCAAGAGCCCACUCGAAUGAGCGCACUUCAACACUCUUCAGUGGGAUUAUACCAGGAACACUUUGGUGUGGAACUGGAGAUUUAGCUGAAACAUACUUUGACCUAGGUCAGGAUAGGUAUCUAGACAGGUGCUGUCGAUCUCAUGAUUUGUGUCCCGUCAAAGUGCAGGCCUCUAGUACCAAAUACAAUAUAACAAAUAAUUCAAUUUAUACUAAAUCUCAUUGUGAUUGUGAUAAAAAUCUACUGAACUGCCUGAAGAACGCUUCAAAUUCAAAAGCCGACUUGAUGGGAAACAUAUACUUCAACAUCAUACGAGUGCAGUGCGUCCAAGACGGGGAAAAAGGAAAAUACUUCAAAACAAAUGCUAACUACUGAUUCGUUGAAUUUCAAAAAGUAUCCGCAAGUCUAGGUAUAUCUUGACCAAUAAAAUUUGAUGGAGUUUUAUACUUGUCGAUGAAUUGAAGUGCUCGGUUAUUUGUUGAUUAUGACUGUUACAUUAAAGGAGGGUUUUGAUAUUUUCCCAAAA